AUGAAGGCGACGCGCCGGAGGCCCAUGACGGCGGCGGCGGCCAUGACGGCGGCGUGCCGGAGGCCCAUGACGGCGGCGGCGGCCAUGACGGCGGCGUGCCGGAGGCCCAUGACGGCGGCGGCGGCCAUGACGGCGGCGUGCCGGAGGCCCAUGACGGCGGCGGCGGCCAUGACGGCGGCGUGCCGGAGGCCCAUGACGGCGGCGGCGGCCAUGACGGCGGCGUGCCGGAGGCCCAUGACGGCGGCGGCGGCCAUGACGGCGGCGUGCCGGAGGCCCAUGACGGCGGCGGCGGCCAUGACGGCGGCGUGCCGGAGGCCCAUGACGGCGGCGGCGGCCAUGACGGCGGCGUGCCGGAGGCCCAUGACGGCGGCGGCGGCCAUGACGGCGACGUGCCGGAGGCCCAUGGCGGCGGCGGCGGCGGCGGCCAUGACGGCGACGUGCCGGAGGCCCAUGGCGGCGGCGGCGGCCAUGACGGCCCAUGGCGGCGGCGGCGGCCAUGACGGCGGCGUGCCGGAGGCCCAUGACGGCGGCGGCGGCCAUGACGGCGACGUGCCGGAGGCCCAUGGCGGCGGCGGCGGCGGCGGCCAUGACGGCGACGUGCCGGAGGCCCAUGGCGGCGGCGGCGGCGGCGGCCAUGACGGCGACGUGCCGGAGGCCCAUGGCGGCGGCGGCGGCGGCGGCCAUGACGGCGACGUGCCGGAGGCCCAUGGCGGCGGCGGCGGCGGCGGCCAUGACGGCGACGUGCCGGAGGCCCAUGGCGGCGGCGGCGGCGGCGGCCAUGACGGCGCGGCGGCGGCCAUGACGGCGGCGUGCCGGAGGCCCAUGGCGGCGGCGGCGGCGGCGGCCAUGACGGCGGCGUGCCGGAGGCCCAUGGCGGCGGCGGCGGCGGCGGCCAUGACGGCGGCGUGCCGGAGGCCCAUGGCGGCGGCGGCGGCGGCGGCCAUGACGGCGGCGUGCCGGAGGCCCAUGGCGGCGGCGGCGGCGGCGGCCAUGACGGCGGCGUGCCGGAGGCCCAUGGCGGCGGCGGCGGCGGCGGCCAUGACGGCGGCGUGCCGGAGGCCCAUGGCGGCGGCGGCGGCGGCCAUGACGGCGGCGUGCCGGAGGCCCAUGGCGGCGGCGGCGGCGGCGGCCAUGACGGCGGCGUGCCGGAGGCCCAUGGCGGCGGCCAUGACGGCGUGCCCGUCCGAGGCAUAG